AUGAUACAAGUCCGACCAACGCCGGUGCCUGUCGUUUCUAACGCUUCAAACACACCCACCACUGUUCCAGUCAGGGAAGAAGAACACUGCAGCGCAUCACACACACAGCGCAAGAGCCUCGAAGAUGACUGCCCCAUCUGCCAAGAACCCCUGGCAUCAACUCCCCUGACCGAGCUCGCAUGGUGCAAGUCCGAAUGCGGCACAAACUUCCACCGCGAAUGCUGGACGGAGUGGGAGAACAGCCACCAGUCAUCGACGAGCUUCCCCGUGCUCCGCUGCGCUAUCUGCCGCACGCCCUGGCCCAACUCUUGCCACCACGACACGAGCACAGUCCCAGCCCCACCGCCGCCGCCGCCGCCGCCGCCGCCGCCGCCGCCGCCCACUACAGACGACGACGACGACGACGAAAACGACAGCGACGGCAUCUUUCCCCCACCAUCCUUCUUCAACCCCCGCCGCCACGCCUGGACCCUCUGGACGGACGCGUCUCCGCCCUCUCCCUCCGCAUCCGUCCCCACCACCCCCCUCUCCACCCUCUUCGACCCCCGCCGCCACGCCCGGCCCCUCCUCCGCGACCGCCUAGCGCGUGCAGACGUCUUCUCCACCGCCGACGAGCAACAACAACAACAACAACAACAACAACAGCAAGAAGGAAGAAGAAGAAGGAGGAGAAGCGCAGAGGCCGGACCGCAACCGCUGGAUGACGAUAGCGACGACGAUGAUGACGACAGUAACAACAACAACAUCGCGGCGUCCCUCGCAGCGCUGUUUAAUCCGCGCGUGCACCGGCGGCUUGAUGUCGCUGCUGCUGCUGCGAGAGUUUUUGAUGAUGGUGAUGGUGAUGAUGAGGUUGGGGGUGGGGAUGGGGCGGGGUUCGGUGUGCUGUUUGAUGCGAGGAGGCAUGGGAGGGCGUUGAGGUGUGAGAGGGUGGCGAGGGCGGGGGUGGUGUUUGAUGGGGUGGCUGGGGGGGAGGAGGAGGAGGGAGGGGUGUUGGGUGGGUUGUUUGAGGAGGCGCGGGAGGAGGUGGCUCGGGAGCGAGGCGGCGGGAAGGAAUCAUGCGGGUGGGAGAUGGUGUAUAUGACGGUUGUGGAUGAUGCGGGUGUGGCGGGGGAUUGGGAUGGGGACGACGGGGAUGAGGAGGAGGAGUGGGGGUUGAGGGGGCUGUGUGAGCGGGUGGGGUUGUGGGUUUGUGGAAGGAGGUACUUGUGA